UUGGCACGAAUCACUUCUUUGCAUAGAUAUAGUUUACAUACGCGCAGUUCUUUAGGAUGCAUUGUUAAUUUUAGGCGCUUUUACAGAGGAUCGCGGAAGCCUUGCUUAGGAAUGCGAUGAGGACGAAGCACUUUGCGAGAUCCGCGCUGCAGAGACGCUCCACAGAUCCCACGACCUGUUGCUGACAAUCCGGGAGAAGGAGGGGGGAGAGCGGCUUGAGAAGGUACUGCCCCGGAGACGAAAAGCCGUGGUUUCUUCGCCGAGGAAAUCAUGCAGUUUGCAAACCGGCUGGUUGGACUAAUGUGGCAUCUCUCGGCUCUCGUAUGGAAUUCACUGGAAUACCGAUUACAUCCAAAGCAAGAAAGCUUCAUCAAACAGUUGUCAUCGUAUGAAAUAAUCACCCCGCUUCGUGUAAAUGACUUUGGGGAAACCUUUCCGCACAAGCUGCACUUCAGAAGAAGACGGAGGAGCGUAGAUGCUGAAUUCUCGAGUUUACGGGCGCACUACAGAAUUGAUGCCUUUGGACAACGCUUUCACCUCAAUUUAACAGCUGAUUCCGGCUUCAUCGCCCCGGCUUACAGAGUGACACACUUAGGAGCGGAACACAGCAACGCCACGGUCUCUCACCCAGACGGCACUGAUAUGAGGCACUGCUUUUUCAGCGGUCAUGUCAACGCGAAAAGCGAAUUUCCUGCAGUCUUCAGUUUAUGCACUGGCCUAAUCGGAACGUUUUCCGCCCACAGCGGGGAGUAUUUUUUGGAGCCGCUGACGCAGUCGGACGGGCAGGACUACGAGGACGAGCACAGCAAACCUCACUUGAUGUACCACAGGGAGAGGAAGGGCUGGGGCCCGAGGCCCGGCUCCCCGCCGAACCGCACUGAGCCCUGCGCUGCCUCAGAUAAACCUUUGAAAAGUGAGAUUGUUCUGAAGAGCGACAGAAAUAUGGGAGAAGAGUUGCGCUACGUUCAGGAAGCCAUUGAGACGCGUGGUCCAGGGGAGCCUCCUGCUCACGAGCGGAACCAGACGCACUCCGAGCAGAACCAGACGCACUCCAGGCGGAGGCGGUUCCUGUCCUACCCGCGCUUCGUGGAGCUGAUGGUGACGGCGGACGCUAAGAUGGUCCGGCACCACGGGCAUAACUUAGAGCACUACAUCCUCACAAUCAUGUCAGUAGUCGCUGCGGUUUAUCGAGACCCCAGCGUGGGGAACCUGAUUAACAUCAUGAUCGUUAGAUUAAUUGUCGUCCACAAUGAACAGGAAGGCCCGUCCGUCUCCUUCAACGCUGCUACCACUCUGCACAACUUCUGCGUUUGGCAGCAGCGGCAGAACGUGGCGGAAGACAGCCACCCCUCCCACCACGACACAGCCCUCCUCAUCACCAGGGAAGAUAUCUGCAGGGCUAAAGACAAGUGUGACACAUUGGGUCUGGCAGAGCUGGGCACGAUGUGUGAUCCCUACCGGAGCUGCUCCAUCAGCGAGGAGAACGGUCUGAGUGCCUCGUUCACCAUCGCUCACGAGCUGGGCCACGUGUUCAACAUGCCUCAUGAUGAUAACCACAAGUGUAAGGAGGCGGGGCUGAAGCACCAGUACCACGUGAUGGCGCCCACGCUGAACUACGACACGAGCCCCUGGUCCUGGUCCCGCUGCAGCCGCAAGUACAUCACAGACUUCCUCGAACAGUGCAAGCGCUUGUGGUGCACCAGCGCAGAGGGGGAACAUAAGGGCUGUCGCACACAGCACAUGCCCCUCGCUGACGGGACCGACUGUGGACAUGGAAUGCACUGCCGUCACGGGAUGUGUGUGAAUAAGGAGAUGGAGACGGGGCCGGUUCACGGGGAGUGCCCCUGGGGGCCCUACACGGCCUGCUCCAGGUCCUGUGGUGGAGGAACCAGGAGCACUGCCAGAGACUGCAACCAGCCUGAGCCCAGGAACGGCGGGCGGUUCUGUGUGGGCCGCAGGAUGAAGUGCUCCUGCAGCACGGAGCCGUGCCCACGCGACCGGCGGGACUUCCGGGAGGAGCAGUGCGCUCGCUACGACGGCCGGCACUUCAACAUCAACGGCCUGACCGCCACCGUCAGCUGGGUGCCCAAGUACAGCGGCAUUCUGAUGAAGGAUCGCUGUAAGCUGUUCUGCCGGGCGGCGGGGACCACGGCGUACUACCAGCUGAAGGACCGAGUGAUCGACGGCACUCCCUGCGGACCCGACACCAACGACAUCUGUGUGCAGGGCCUGUGCAGGCAAGCGGGCUGUGACCACGUGCUGAACUCCAAGGCUCGCUACGACAAGUGUGGAGUGUGUGGAGGAGACAACUCCUCCUGCAAAACCGUCUCCGGCACCUUCAACAACGCGCAAUACGGCUACAACAUUGUUGUGCGCAUCCCGGCGGGGGCAACGAACAUCGAGGUGAAGCAGGUCAGCUACUCUGGAAAACCGGAGGACGACAACUACCUCGCAUUAUCCGACAGCCAGUCAAACUUCCUGCUGAACGGGAACAUGGUGGUGUCCAUGUUCAAACGGGAGAUGAACUUCCACGGAACGCUGAUCGAGUACAGCGGGUCGGACACCAAAGAGGAGCGGAUCAACUGCACCGAGAGGAUCGAGGAAGAGCUGAUCCUCCAGGUUCUGUGCGUGGGGAACCUGCACAACCCGGACGUGAGGUACUCCUUCAAUGUCCCGAUCCAGGAGCACCAGGAGCGGUUUGUGUGGGACCCGUCCGGACCCUGGCAGGACUGCUCCCGGAUGUGUCAGGGUGAUCGGGGGCGUCGGGCGGUGUGUGUCCGUCAGAGUGACCGCCUGGUCGUGUCAGAGCAGCGCUGUGAGAACCUCCCGCGCCCGGGCGGAGACACUGAGGCCUGCAACACCGACUGCGAGCUGAGGUGGCACGCGGCAGGCAGGAGCGAGUGUUCGGUGAGGUGCGGGCCCGGCGUGCGGACGCUGGACGUGCAGUGCGUGCGGCACUUCCUGUCCAAGCACCAGAGCGAGCGUCUGGACCCCAGCUACUGCGGCCACCUGCCCAAGCCCCCCGGCCGGGAGCCCUGCUCCGGGGACUGCCUGCUGAAGACCUGGCACUACGGACCCUGGUCUCAGUGUUCUCAGACCUGUGGAACCGGCACCAGAACCCGAGACUCGUACUGCAUCAACAACCUGAGCCGGCGGCUAGCUGACCGCGAGUGCGUGGACCACCAGCGGGUGGCGACAGAGAGCUGCAGCAACAGAGCAUGCCCAGACUGGGCCACCAGCGAGUGGAGCGAGUGUUCGGCGACCUGUGGGAAAGGCCCUCGUCAUCGGCAGGUCUUCUGCCAGCUGAACCAGGAGGCCCAGCCGGAGCAGCUCUGUGACCCCCAGACCCGGCCCCCGGCCCUGGGGAGCUGCAGGCUCCCGGACUGCCCCUCCUGGCAGGCCGGCUCCUGGGGCGUGUGCACGGUGACCUGUGGUCAUGGUUACCAGGUACGGGCCGUCCGGUGUGUUUCCGGGGGUUACGGGAAGACCCUGGAAAACUGGGAAUGUAAUGCAGCCACCAGACCCCGGGACAGCCAGGACUGUGAGGAGACCCCCUGCCCCAGGGCCCCUCCACCCCCCAGCACAGCGCAGCCUCAGGCCCCGGGCCAGUGGAUCACCCAGUGGAGAUACGGCUCAUGGACCACGUGCUCUGUGUCCUGUGGCCGGGGGAAGCAGGCUCGCUAUGUGAGCUGUCGGGAUUCACAGGGCCGUGUGGCCGAUGAGUCAUCCUGCCAGCACCUGCCCCGCCCUGCUGAGGACGCCUCCUGCUUCAGCGCCUGUGGGGAGUGGCAGACCAGCCCCUGGUCUCCUUGCUCUGAGACGUGUGGCCGGGGCAGGUACACCAGACAGGUCAUGUGCAGUAACUACCACCAGCGGCUGGACGAGGGGCUGUGUGACCCGGACACCAGGCCCGACACCGAGCAGGAGUGCAGCGCCCAGCCCUGCCCCGCCCGGUACCAGCCCCGCCCCAACGACCAGCCCCACGCCGACCGGCCCGCCCACCGCCCCGGCAACCACCCCGGACACAGCAACUGGAACGUCCCCUCUGCAGAGCACCAGUGGAGGACGGGGCCCUGGGGAGCGUGCUCCAGUACCUGUGAGGGGGGGUUCCAGCGCAGGGUGGUGGUGUGUCAGGACAGGGAGGGCAGCCCCACCAAUCACUGCGACGAGCGGGUGAAGCCCGCCCAAUCAAAGAGCUGCGAUUCAGGGCCCUGCCCACACUGGAACUACGGCGUCUGGGGCAAGUGCACGCAGUCCUGCGGGUCAGGCAGCAGGACCAGGCUGGUGGUCUGUCAGCAGCCCAGCGGACAGAGGCUGAACAACCACAACUGUGACGUCCUGGAGAAACCUCCGGAAACCGAGAUCUGCAACACACAGCCCUGCCCCGGCAGUGCGUCCUGGCACCGACAGCCAUGGAGUCCGUGCUCGGUGAGCUGUGGCCGGGGGAUGAAGCAGCGCUCGGUGGCCUGUGUGGACGGGGCCCGGGGGCAGGUGGAGGAGCAGCGUUGCCCCCUCAGGAGGCCCCGCGUGCUGAAGGCCUGCAGAGCCCGGAGCUGCCCCGGCUGGAAGGCCAACCGCUGGAGCCAGUGUUCCGUGACGUGUGGGGCGGGGCUUCAGCGGAGGGAGGUGUACUGCCGGCUGAAGGGGGCGGGGGCUGUGGGGGAGGAGCAGUGCAGUGGCCAAUCCCGUCCCCCCAGCACUCAGACCUGUCUCCUCUCAGAAUGCCCACGCCUCCACACCUGGGCCACGGACGCAUGGCAGCACUGCAAUGUGAGCUGUGGGGAGGGGGUGCGGUCCAGGGCGGUGCUGUGUGUGGACGCCGCCUCCAACCCGGCCCAUGAGCCCCGCUGUGACCCCGCCUCCAGACCCGCCCAGUUCCAGCCCUGCAGCCCCGCCCCCUGCCAGCACGUGUGGAUUACAGGUGACUGGUCUCAGUGUUCAGCGAGCUGUGGUCCAGGGUACCAGCAGAGGAUGAUCUCCUGCUCUGAGCUCCACUCCUCUCAGCACCCCCCCUCCUACACCCCCCAGGGCCCGCCCCACUCAGACUGCCCCAAACCCCACCCCCCCGCCACCCGCCACUGCCAGCUCCAUCCCUGUCCCCCGACCGCCACCUGGACCGUCGGCCCCUGGAGCAAGUGCUCUCAGACGUGUGGUGCGGGGGUUAUGGAGCGCAGGGUGGAGUGUCUCGGCCCUAAAGACCUGCCCUCCAAGAGCUGCCGUCCCAUCGACCGGCCCCAGUCCCGGGCUGCCUGCCGCCAGAGAGAGUGUGAACUCUCUGCCUCCUGCCGGGAGGUCCAGGAGAAGGAGGGAGUGCGGGCAGAUGGAGAAUACUACCUGAGGGUCAAGUCCAGGCUCCUCCAGAUAUACUGCGCUGAAAUGCAGAGCGAUUUCCCCAAGGAGUACGUGACCCUGAGGAGCGGUCUUACCGACAACUAUUCAGAGGUUUAUGGGUUCAGGCUGCAGAACCCGUUCGAGUGCCCGUUUAACGGGAGCCGCAGGCAGGACUGUGCGUGCCGGAACGACUACCCCGCGCAGGGGUACACACUCUUCCACCGCGUGCGGCUGGACCUGACCUCCAUGCGCAUCAUCACCACAGACCUGCUGUUCUCCCAGACUCCUCUGGGGCGGGCGGUGCCCUUUGCCACAGCGGGAGACUGCUACAGCGCCGCCAAGUGUCCACAGGGCCAGUUCAGCAUCAACCUGACGGGGACCGGGCUGAAGGUGGCGGAGUCAGUGAAGUGGGUCUCCCAGGGCAACUACGUCACGGUGAAAGUGCACCGGUCAGAGGACGGCACCAGGAUCUACGGGCGCUGCGGGGGGUUCUGCGGGAAGUGCAGUCCCCAGGCCCAGUCCGGUCUGCUGGUGCAGGUGCACUGACCCCCACCGCUGGGCAGCCAAUCAGCUGCGCACACUGACUCGGCCACGCCCACCACUCAUCAAUCCCACAAUCCCUCCUGGCGGCUGGACAUCGACACAGGCAGGGUCUCUCAGUGAAACCACCUAUGGAGCCGGGCCAAAUGUUAUUUGUCAGUUUUGGUUUUCUUUUAAACUUUAAUGGUUACCAAAUGUGUUUGCAUUAGAUUAUAAGAGCAAACAUGGUUCCAAUUAAAAUAAUCGGAGCGUUAGGGCUUUGUUUUCUUUAAAGAGGCGCACUCGGGUGUCGGUCCACUGAGCUGGUAGAAGCAAUCCUAUCGAAUUUUGACCUUUUUUAAAUGGGUGCUUUGUGUUGUGUGAAUGGUUAAGUGAAUUGUCCAGUGGUCGUACAUGAGAGGAAGUAUAAGCAGACGUUAACUCACCCACACACGCAUACACACACGCAGUGUUUCAGCAGAAUAUGUUCCCUAAACGUGUCUCAGUGUGUUGGGGUUUCACAUGCUGUUUGGCAAAAGCAGCCGUGUGACCAGACCCCUUUUUGGCACCACUUCUGGUCUUUCCAGAACCUUCCUGGUGUUCUGGGUAUUGUGUCCUCUUGCCUGCGAUGAUGUGUCUGGUUCCGGUCUGGAUCUGCAGUAAAAUAGCCAGUGUUAAUUCACCUAUAACCUGGUACAUAUGAGCCCAGUUUUGAUUUAACACUGAACACUGUACGUGCCGAAUCGUCCAUGUCUGGGUUCAGAUCCAGAUGGUAUCAGGGUCAGAUCUCUAUAAGUUGGACACAGGGUGAAAUUACUUUAAAUGUGGUCCUUAUAUUGAGCUGGUGGGACGUUGCGUGUCCAGAGGUUUUUGGUUUUUGGCCGUCUGCUUUAUGGUCUCGCUUCACAUCAAAGGUGAGACACUGAAGCUCCCCACAUACUCGUGAGAGUUUUUAUUAUAUCAGCAAUACUACUGUUAUGAACUACUGAAGACCCCCUUCACUGGACGACAGGCUCGGUCAGGUAUUGCCUGGCUGCGAGAUCCUCUGGGUCAUUUCUCGCCAGCCUUUGAAUAACUUUGUUCACGUUUUUGUACUGUGUGAAGAGUCAUGGUUUUAGAGAGCCUGUUUUAACCCUGCUCAGAGCGGGGGGUCCUUAUUGGUGUUCAAUUCAGUCGGGUCCGUGAUGGAAUGAGAACUGACCGCGGUGAUUAUCCUGCAAACGAGUCCAAGAAAACAAGCCAGAGGAAGUGUGACCUAUCGAGUUUCACCAGCGUACUUCUUAUGAUGAAUGACUUUAGUCCAGGUGCACGAAAACCCUACCUCCAACGCGUAUAUAUAUACAUGAGAUGCGUUUUUAUAUGUACGGUGUAAAAUAUUUAUGUUUGCCUAUUUAUUCUGUAUUUCAUGUAGAAACAUUCAAUAUGGACUACUGGCUGCUGUGAAAGUCAUUAUUAUAUUAUACAUUGCUCAAAUUAUAUUAUACGUUGCUCAAAUUAUAUUAUACAUUGCUGAAAUUAUAUUAUACAUUGCUCAAAAAGUGUUACGUCUUGCAGACUGACAAGAACCACUAACCUAACAGAAUAGGUUUUCUAUGGUGCUUUUAAACUACUGAAAUUACCUCUAAUUGAGAAGCAAACUACCAUAAUUACAAUUGGAAUCUGCUUUUUUACGGAAGCUCAAGAUUAACUUGAGGUUUGACGUUACAUGUCAUGUAAUUACGCUUCACAAAAUACCCACAAUGCCUUGCAACACAUUUCAUGUAAUUACGCUUCACAAAAUACCCACAAUGCCUUGCAACACAUGUAAUGCCCUUCUUGAAAGUACAUGGUGUUUUUUUUUGUUUGUUUGUUUUUUUAGCUUUAACCAAAGGUGUUUUGUUGUUGCAGACUAGAACAUUUUUUGUUUGAUGAUGCAGCUACUUUUAAUGACGGAGUUAAAAUGUCCCUGAUUAAAUUCAGUGAGCAGCUAGAUUAACUUUGGCUAUCAUCAGUGUUUGAGGCAAUUCUACUAUGAGGUCUGUAUCAGAAAUGAAAAGAAUACUUGAUGCACUAUGUGCCAUAAAUUUUGUAGAAGAUUUAACUUUGAAUACCUGCUAUCUUUUUCUUUUUCAUUAACCGUUAAGUUUUUGUAACUUAUAAAACGUGUAUUAUUAAUUCAUACUUGAAGUGUGUAUAUGAGGGCACUUUGUCUGGAUAACAAGGUGCAUGUUCUGUAUUACCCAAAGAUGUUUUUAAAUGAGUCACAUAUCCUUAUGUAUGUAGUUUGUAUAAAAAAGAAAAAAAAUGAUUUAUGGUGCUGUGAUCACAAUUACUGUGAGGAAAUUUUGAAUGACAAUGACCUUAUAGAUAUGACUACUAUACUAACAGUGAUUGUAAAAAAAAUAAAUAAAUGUAAGAAUAAAAAUGUUUA